CAAUUCAAGACGCUUCUUCCUUUGCAAGUACUUUGCAAGAUGGGCAGAUCAACACUAAAGGUGAAGAUAAAGGGGGUAAGCGUAAGUGCAUGAAAUAUGCCAAUAGAAGAACCAAGCAGAAACCAGUUGAAAUACAAAGGGCACCACUAGUGCAACUACACCAUGGUGAGAUUGAGAACAGUUCCUCUCUACAAGUUCCGGCGCGCUCCCUCUGGUGGUAGCGUAGUUUUUCCGGCUCCUGCCCGUUCUCUUCGGUCUUUGAGCACCACGGCUGCUGCGAGCAAAUGCAAGUUUGCGCCACCGCCGCCACCCCCAGGUGGACCACGUAACAACAAGAACGGAGCUGCAUCAGCGUCGUUUAUGAUCCGCAACAGAGCUGCUGCCGAAAGCGGAGCCGGUAGUUCAGCAGCCUCUGCUCGUCCCGUGGUCCGACAACUGACCCCCGCCGUCGCCGCGCUCUGUUCGGAGCAUGACCGCAGAACUUUGGAGCUGCUGCGAGACGAGCACCAGGACAGCGUCCUUGCAGCCAUCGGGGGCAUGUUGAGCUGCAGCUCGUCAGGCAGAGAAGUUGUACUAGCAUCGCCAGGAGAUGUUUUAUCGAUCUCUCAAGCGGGAGUAGAGCAGGGACAACAAGAGCCGGAAAGAACUGGAGGAUGCACGACAGAGAAGGACCGCGAAGUGGAUGUGGUGCUAGCAAAGAAGCCACAACAACCAAUAGAACGACCAAAGACACCUGCUCCAACACUAAGUCCUGACGCCAUCGGUCGCCUAUCGACACCAGUAUUUCUGCACCUGCUGGAGCGCGUUUUGGAUGAAUACGAUCUCCAUGGGAUGAAUAAUUAUGGUGCAGGAGAUGCAGUGGAACUACAAUCCAUUCCCGCAACUACACAACAUCAACAUCGAAAGGCCCACACGCUCUUCGACCUGGUGCUGACGCGCCACCGGCACUACUUUUUGGCGCAGCAAGACUUCUCGUUUUCGCCCUCGACAGACGAGACAGGGGAAGGAAGUGCAGACGCUUCGCUCUCUGGGGUGGUAAGUCGAGCGAACGAAGCUGGAGCUGGAACAGGUCAUGAAGUUGUACACGGUGCGACAACAGCGAAACGAAGUUGCGCGCCAUCUAUUUCCUACCCUCCCGCCCCGUCCCCGGACUACUCCAUCAACCCGCAGUUCCCGGUGGAAAACCUGGCAGCGAGCGACGUGAUUGGCACUUUUCUCACCAAAGGAAAUAAUAACCUGACGCACGCAGCCCUCCGCACGGAGCGCGACGCCUACGCAGUGCUGCGGCUCCUGCCCACCACCACCGCGGUACCGCUCGUUGUCCCCUUCCUCUCGGAAUCUAUGCAGACGCAGACCCUUUCCUACAGCGAACACUUGUGGAAAGGGGAGGAAAACCUGGAACGGGACCUGCGGGUGGUCGCGCAGCACCAGGUCCGAGGGGAACGAACGUAUUUUCUCAACAUUUCAGACGAGAAAGAGGGUACGACAAGCCGGACAGCGGGGAAAAAUUUUGAAAAUGAAGACGAAGCGCGCGUAGCCUUCCUCACAGCGGAGUAUCUGGAAGGCGCCCGCGCCGUGCAGCCCCGGGAGCACGAAACGCGGGACGAGAUGCUGGUGAAAUACGUCAAGCUCUGCGUGUCCAAGGCCAACCUGCCUUUCAUUCGUGCGGGCAUGGUGCCUGUGCUCGAGGCCUUCGCUUACUUCGCAGACAACCUCGCAGCGCCGGCGUGCGCGCCGGGCUUUCCGGGUAGAUCGAUCGACGGUCUUCAGGCCAAUGUUCCGAAUAAGCGGCUGUUUGGCAACAUGCUGAAGAGCAACGACAAUGUGAACUGCGGUCCGCCGCGAAGCCACAUUAACGCGUUCCAGGCUCGCGGCCGCGCCGCGACGCGGCUGGGGGGGCAGUUCGUCGGUUUGUACUCGGAUUAUGUGUGCGACCACGUGGACGCGCUAUCCGCCGCGGACUGCAGUCGCAUGAUCACAGCGCUGGGGCGGCGCGUGUUGCCAACAGACGAGUUUUGGAUGUUCAUGCUGGCGAAGCGGACCCAGGAGACCAUUCGGACGUUCGACGGGCGGCAGAUUGUCAGCGUGGCCUUCAGCUUCGCAGACCAGUAUCUGGAGGAUGAUGAUUUUAUGAAGGUUUUGGUGGACGAAGUACUACACGACCGCCAGGAAGACGAGCCGGAACGGCGCGUUUCGGAUCAUGACGAGAGUAUCGCUCUUGAUGUGCAUGUGCCCCCUUUGGAACAAAAGAAGUGGCACGCGCUGACCUCGGUGCAGAAGGUUGCGUUGUUGUGGUCUUGUGCGAAAUUGCGGUAUCGGGAUGAAGAACUGGCGGAACGGGUGUUGCGCGAAGUGGGGUACCAGGAUAAGGAGUGGUUUGGACAUUUUAGCCCAGCUCAUCUUCGGCCCGAACAAAGUGGAUCUGCAAGAACUUCUACUAGCAAGCCGACAGCCACGAGCGCAUCAACCCGACUGACUUUUUACCGGCAGUUUCUUUACGCUUUGGGGUUUUUGGACCUGCUGCACCUGCCCACCGCGGUCGACCGCGAGUUUGUCCGCGAGGUGGCAAGGAAGGCGCGACUGGGCGUUCAGGCAAAAGACGACGAAGACGAGUGGGCGCACACCGCCGCUCUGUCGGCACUCUACUUGUUUCCCUCGCCGUCGUGUAGCAUAGGUACAGAAGAGAGGAUAGCAAGAACUGCAUCAAUUUCAAAGAAUGGAUCGGGUGGCGGGACUAUGCCGCGGCCUACAGGCGGAAAUGGAUGCGUUGCGUCAUCUUCUGAGAUGUUGAAGCAGGAGGUCAUGGCAAAAUCCCCAGACAGUGACCAUUUGGCGACUGUGUCUGGCGCUACCACUGCGGCCGCAAAAUCGCACGCCCCCUUCUUCAUGCUUCUGGCCGCCGCCCUGGACAUCAUUUCCGUGAACCGGCAGUGGACCGCGUCGCGGCGCCCCAGUUUGGCGAGCCGGCGGAUCAAGCUGAUUUUGUCCUGCGUGCUGAACGGCAUGCUGGGACCACUCACCGCGUUUCCGCGCAGCAUUUUGAAGCAGUUGGCGCAGUGCGGAUCCCUGUUGGACUGUCUGAACACGGGCGGCCACGAGACGGACUCCAGCGGCUUUCACUUGGAGGUGGCCACCGUCCUGGACCAACUGCGCGUCAAAUACGGGCUGGAGAAGGCUGCAAGCCCCUUCGUGCUGGAUCUCCUGCUCUCCCAGAACCAGGCCUUUUUCCGCACGGAAGAAACGGAGGAGGACCGGCGCCGGGCCGCGCAGCAGCUCGACCUGGAGCGCCGGCGGUUGGAGUACGUAUUCGGGGUGGGUGCUGCGGCCUGA